AUGCGCUUUUACCUCCGGAAGGAUUUCUUCCCCACGUCAGAAUUUGCCAACACUUCAUUCUCUCUAUUUAAUAUGAGUGAUAAACUCCAUGAGUGUCAAGAGUGUGGGAAAACAUUUAGGCGUCUUGGAAAUAUGGAGAACCACAAAAUGGUGCAUACUGGUCUUAAACCUCACGUGUGUCCCGAAUGUGGUGAAAGUUUCAGCCAACCUGGAACUCUGAAUAGACACAGGAUGGCACAUUCUGGUGUUAAAACUCACGAAUGUUUUGAGUGCGGAAAAACGUUCACCCGAAUGGAAUAUUUAAAUAAACACAAGAUGAUGCACACGGGUGAAAAGCCUCUCAGCUGUGAUGUGUGUGGGAAGAGUUUCAAUGACCGUAGUAAUAUGAUUAAGCACAUGUUAGUACACUCUGGUGAGAAACCCCACGAGUGUCCAGAGUGUGGGAAAAGAUUCUCUCGAUAUGACCAUUUGAAGAACCACAGGUUGGUGCAUACUGGAGAUAAACCUUACGAGUGCCCAGAGUGUGGGAAAAAAUUCAGUACGCUUGGAACUAUGAAGAAACACAGGAUGGUGCACACAGGUCAAAAACCUCUUAGCUUUUACCUCCGGAAGGAUUUCUUCCCCACGUCAGAAUUUGCCAACACUUCAUUCUCUCUAUUUAAUAUGAGUGAUAAACUCCAUGAGUGUCAAGAGUGUGGGAAAACAUUUAGGCGUCUUGGAAAUAUGGAGAACCACAAAUGGUGCAUACUGGUCUUAAACCUCACGUGUGUCCCGAAUGUGGUGAAAGUUUCAGCCAACCUGGAACUCUGA